GGACCCACUGAAAGUGAUAAGAAAGUGCUUUGUACACCAGGAACAAACUCUAUAAUUUAGAGGAGAAUUUCCGGGGCAAUUCCAUUGUGAAGUCGGCUUUAUGAUGUGCAAUCGAGCUGGGCAGUAAAAGGUGGCCAGUCUUCCAGCAGGGCCCCGGAAGUUUAUGAGGCGUUUAGGGAAAGGGUUCACCCAAAUAUCCUCUAGAGAAUGCCGGGCAGCAGAGCCUCCAUCCGACCUAUCAAUACAGGCGGAGGGGGGUCUGAAGUCCAGCAAGGCGGCCGCCGGCCCGUGGCGCGAGACCACCUGUGAGGGCUGCUGAGAUUGGCGGAGGCGGUCAUGUGGGCGGUCACGUGCCGCGGCGAGCUCCGUCCAAAAGAAAAUGGGGUUUGGUGUAAAUCUGGGGGUGUAAUGUUAUCAUAUAUCACGCUACCUCGUAAAACCGACACUGAAAGCUGCCGGACAACAAAUCACAGGUCAAAAUUAUGAGUUCUUCGUAUUAUGUGAACGCGCUUUUUAGCAAAUAUACGGCGGGGGCUUCUCUCUUCCAAAAUGCCGAGCCGACUUCUUGCUCCUUUGCACCCAACUCGCAGAGAAGCGGCUACGGGCCGGGCGCCGGCGCCUUCGCCUCCAACGUGCCGGGCUUAUACAAUGUCAACAGCCCCCUCUAUCAGAACCCCUUCGCCUCCAGCUACGGUCUGGGAGCCGACGCCUACAACCUGCCCUGCGCCUCCUACGACCAAAACAUCCCCGGGCUCUGCAGUGACCUCGCCAAAGGCGCCUGCGACAAGGCGGACGAGGGCGUGCUGCACGGCCCGGCCGAGGCCAGUUUCCGCAUCUACCCCUGGAUGCGCAGUUCAGGACCCGAUAGGAAGCGGGGACGCCAGACCUACACUCGCUACCAGACGCUGGAGCUGGAGAAGGAAUUCCACUUCAACCGCUACCUGACGCGGCGCCGCCGCAUCGAGAUCGCUCACGCGCUCUGCCUCACCGAGCGCCAGAUCAAGAUCUGGUUCCAGAAUCGGCGCAUGAAGUGGAAGAAAGAGCAUAAAGAUGAGAGCCAGGCUCCCACUGCAGUUCCAGAAGACGCGGUGCCCUCCGUUUCCACGGCUGCUGACAAGGCCGAUGAGGAAGAGGAGGAGGAAGAGGAGGAGGAAGAGGAGGAAGAGGAGUAAAGGGCCAGGCACAAGACCCUGGCUACACAGGACAGUUGGAAAAGCGUCUUUAAGAGACUCGUUGAUUUUAGUUACGAAAAUGGGGGGAAAUAAAGUGUAAAAAAAAAAAAAGAAAAAAA